UGCGUCAUCGGGGUUGGUCGGUUCUUAUUGGCGGGCGCAAACGUAGACUUUUCGAGCACUCUUACUUGCUGAAUAACACCUGCUUGCCGUUUGGAGGAUGCAGAUGCGUUUGUUUGUCGCUUCUUGGCUGGUUGUUGUCAGUGCCUUUGAAACUGAUUAUUUCAGCGUCUUUUCGAGAACUAAUCAGCAUCUACAGAGCGAUUCACGUCUCGCCACACCGAGAAUCGUGGUAGUUUUCAUUCUUCUUAUUCGCUUGAAUAAGUUGCUCUACGUUCCUCUGAUCGGGUAUUUGUAGAGUCUGCGUUUAGGGACGUUCUAUCAAUCAAUCAUAAAAGCGUUUGCCGAGAUACUCAUUACAUGAUCCUAGCAGGUUACAUUGAAUC